AUGGAUACCAUAUACAACCUUCUCCAGCAGCACAGACUGGACACCUACUACCACAAAUUCCUCAUUUUGGGUAUCCAAGAUGAGAGCGAUUUCACUGACGGCGUAAAUGGUGAAGAUUUAGACAAAAUGGGUAAGGUCACAGACCGGUUACUGACUCUGUAAUUUAAAGUAUCCCAUCAUGCCAACAACUGCAUUAUUCCACUUUAAACUGUUCUGGUUGGUCAUAUAUAAACUGUUCUGCUUGGUCAUAUGUACAUUCACUUAAAAAAACUAAAAUAGGUUGUCUCACCAUAGACAUGCAUUCAACUUGUCCAAUGCCCAUAAUUUGCUAACAGGUUUCAGUCAAGUAGAGAAGAAUCGCUUAGAGAAAAUGAAAGAUUUGAUCCAAAGACUCAGAGUGCCACAACGAGCGAUGCCUGUACAAAAACCAAUGGAGGCUUUCCAACUGCGUUACACAUACCCUCACUGUCCUGAGCCAAAAGAGAUCACAGGUGAGAUAUACACCAUCUUUAAACUUGUGUAAUGACGUGGACCAUCUUACAUUUCACCCAUUAGGGUCUUUGAAAGACAGGCACAUUGAAAAUGGACGUGAGCUCUAUGCCAUGUUUACACCCAAGGAGAACUUGAGACCAGCCCUGCUAGCUGCUAGAGACACUGCAAGAAAUGACUGA